AUGUCGCGCCUUAUCUCUUCAGCACUCUCCAUCAGACGCGACCCUCGCCUGCUCAAGUUGCCUCCAUAUCUGUCCCUUCUCUGCAUUAUUGGAGGGAUCGCUUGGCUCUUUCUUCUGCCACUCAACGAUUACUCGCGAAGGACGUAUAUAUCCGAGAAUGCGUUGCUCCCCGGCCAGGUGCACACUUACUUCGCCGGUAGCGAUCAAAAUGUCUUCCGAGGAUACAAGCACGAGAUCGAUGGGCUUGCGGGCAAGAGUAAUUACGAGAUCAAUAAUUACCUGGAAGCCUUGCUUAAAAGCUUUGGUAUGAAGGUCGGCCGUCAAAAUUACACGUACGAGUCGUCGGGUUCUGAGUAUGCCGGCGAGAAUCUUUACGCUAUCCUACAGGCCCCCCGCGGCGACGCUACCGAAGCCAUCGUCCUCGUCGCAGCUUGGGAGAACACUGAUGGGAUUCGCAAUUCUAUGGGGGUGCCGCUUGCAUUGACACUGGCGCGUUACUUCAAACGAUGGUCAUUAUGGUCCAAAGACAUAAUCCUGGUCAUGCCACCAGACAGUACAACCGGGACGCAAGCCUGGGUGGAUGCUUAUCACGACGCCCAUGAUCCGGCGCGAGUUGCUUCCUUGCCAAUCAAAUCAGGCGCACUACAGGGUGCCAUCGCCAUCGAUUUCGCACAGGAGCAUCGUUUCAAGAACAUACACAUCGUCUAUGACGGAGUGAACGGCCAACUACCCAACCUGGAUCUAAUUAAUGCCGUUAACAGUAUCUCCAACGGUCAGAUGCAUAUGCCAACACUGAUCCAAAAUAUGUGGAAACACUCCGACAAGUAUAAUGACCGCUUACGCACCAUGCUUCGCGGAAUGCUGAAGCAAGGCUUGGGCUAUGCAUCUGGUCCCCACAGCAGCUUCAUUCCCUAUCACGUUGAUGCUGUUACACUUCAGCCCUUUGGCGAUGGGUGGCAAGACGAAAUGGCCAUGGGCCGUCUCAUUGAAGGCUCGUUCCGUAGCCUGAACAACUUGCUGGAACACCUGCACCAAAGCUUCUUCUUCUACCUGCUUAUGAAUAAGGAUCGCUUCGUCAGCAUUGGCACAUACCUGCCCAGUGCCAUGAUUCUUGCUGCAAACUUUAGCAUCAUGUCAAUAUUCUUCUGGGUCAAGAGCGGCCACAAGGAGCCUGGACAUGGUUCAGAGAAAUCCAGGUCAGGCCCUGGUUCAGCCGGCUCAACAACAGUUCAAAGAGAACUCUUCGUACCCCUUUUGGCUGUGACGAUAAGCCAGUUCCUAGGGGUCUUUCCCCUCUUCCUCUUCAAUCAUCUGCCAGCAAAUCUGCUCUCCGUGGCUUUCUCAGCUUUUGCGGUUUUGAACUGUGUUCUUCCUUCUGUGCUAUCCUACAUUUUAAAGACAGCAUACCAGCCCACUUUGCAGCACUAUCAGCUCAUCAAAUGCUUCUCGCUGCUUCUGCUGGGCAUGUUCCUGUCGGCUCUGGCUACGUUGAAUUUCUCGCUCGCAUUUUUCAUUGGGCUGCUUGCCAGUCCUCUGACCUUCAUGCAACCAUGGCCCAAGAACGACUUCGCCAGAUAUGCAUCUUCGGCACUGUUGCAACUCGUGUCCCCGACGGCGGUGAUACUUUCAGCAACAGCUUUCUUUGGUCUAGAUAUUGGAGAGGUGUUGCGGAACGCAGCAUUUGGAUGGAAUGUAUGGGGCAUGUAUACGCCUGUAGUCAUUUGGUGUGUUUGGUGGCCUGCAUGGAUCGCGGGGUCGGUGAUGGUUCUUGGGCCUACUUCUUGA